AUGGAUCUAGACAGCAUUGAAGCUCUAAACGAAGUCCACGCCUCAGUCUACAGAUCCUCUCUCAAACUGCAGUCUAUCCAGAGGCUCACGCACCUCCAUGUGGUGUUGGUGCGUCACGUGACCACGGCCCUGCGCUCGGUGGGCGGAGUUAGCGACGUCAGCAGACCAGAAGUGGUUCAGCUCUUAAACAGGAUGUUCGUCAGCGUGUCCCAGGAAAUACCUGGUCACGUGACUCUAGAAGCGCCAGAGGAGACGAGUAGUGCCAUUUUUACGCUUUUCGACAAAGGAGGAAGUGUGGACGUGGAUUCUUUGCAGACGUUUUUGGUCGCAUUAUGUGCUGAUUCGCUCAAAGAGAAGUAUUUGGCGUUGGUCUCGCUAGCGGCCUCUGGUACAUCUCCUAUUCCUGGUUCAGUCAAUCGAUCUUCUCUUCGGACCUUGCUCCACAACCUCAGUGUGAUACCCAAGCUAGUACAAGAAGACGCUGUGUUUGGUUCUGUUGAGGUGGCAGUCAAGUCCUGUUUUAAAAGCGUUCUGUCACCGUCUGUUUCUCGCGAUCACGUCAUCUCGUGGCUUCACAGUGAACCUCGUCUGUUGCUAUGGUUACCCACGAUGUACCGGCUAAGCGUCAGUCAAAAUAUCUCUCAUAACGUGCGAUGCCACUGCUGCAAGUCCCGCCCCUUCACUGGCCUGAGGUUCCGCUGUGAGAAGUGUGUUAACGUCCAUCUUUGUCAGACGUGUUUUUUCACAAACCGUCGGACCAGGAAGCACAAACAGCACCAUCCAAUGAUUGAGUUCUGUAUGCCGCCCACUUUUAAAGAAUCUGUAUCGUCAUUGGUCCAGAAUGCACGCCACGCCCUGAGACUGAAGCAAAGCGGGAGGCAGAGACAAGUGUCAAUGGGUGCUCCGCAAAACCCUCAACCGCCAAGAGAAGACAGCUUAGAUUUAUCCCAUGAUGCACCAGUGUCACCAUCCCAGCCAACCGACCAAUCACCAACUCCGGAGCGAUCAGACUCCGCCCAGCAAACAGACUGGGACAUUGACCAAUCAGAAAGAGACGCUCUGAAGGAGGAACUGCGAACUUUGCAACAAGACAAAUGCGUAUUAGAGGAACAACUUGAGGCGCUGAGGCAAACCGUCCAAUCAGAGCACAGCGUUUUGGAAGACAAGUAUUCUCAGGUGGAGGUUACCGUGGAAACGCUCAAACGGCAUCACUCCAUGUUGGAAACCUUUGUAACGCAGGCCUUGGAGAAAAUCGAAAGUCAUCGCAAUACUGAAACAACAGAGGACGAACCAGAACAAUCAGAGCUGCAGGAAGAAGAAGUAGAAGCAGAGGAUUGUGGGUCAUGUAGUUCAAGUCCAGAAGAGCUGUUGUUAGAUGCUGUGCAGAGACUGAAGUUGGCUUUGGAAAGAGACACUUGGACCAGAACUGACCAGAGCUCUGAUAAGAAGUGGGAAGAGCUUUUGGAGGCAGCCGACGAAGUGGGAGACGAGAUCUAUCAGCUGGGUCAAGAGCCACAGGAGACCCAACUGGUGUCUCCCAACAUCCAGGAGCCCUCAAAUCCAGAGGAGAAAGGUGCAGGUGGUCCAGGUAUUUCUGCCCCUGGAGUAGAGCGCUCUGGUCAGGGUGUAAGGGACAAACUUGCAGAUCAGGUCCAAAUAACCAAUUCUUUGGACCUCAAGCUUAGAUCUCAGGAGAGAAUCAACCAAGAAAAAGACUUGGAGUUGAAAAAACACAAUGAUUCUCUCCAGAAGAAAGACAAAGAACUGCAAGACCAGAUUAAUGCACAUAAGGAGUUCUGGUACCUGUACAACUCUACAGUACAGCUAAAUGUGCAGCUGAAGCAAGAACUUCAAAAAAGUCAGGAGUAG